AUGUGAGGUUAGGUUAACCUCACACAAUUCCCCCUGUAACUCCUGUCACAAAUUUACGGACUGGAUCCUCAAAAAUACUCGAAAACAAAGUUGCAAAAAAAUGUUUCAAGUAUCCACGGCCCUUGACAAUUCCCCAAACUCCAAAAUUACGAUGUCAAAGAACUAAAAUUAUUUUCUAAUCGAUGAAUAAUGCGGGAAUCACCAAAAUUCAUCGUAAAAAACAAGAGUAAUCAGUCAACAAUGACGUACCCCGUGAUAACAUGAUGAAUGAACUAUAGAGAUAUUGUUCAUAGUGAUUAUGAGUGUAUCAAGUGCAGAGACGUCAAACUGCCAAUAAAAAGUAAAUCGAUUAUUAAUUUGACACUGGCGAACUGAUGAACAUAAAAAAAAAGAAACUAACAAAUUCUGUAAAGCGUCGGCUCAACGGUAAUUGGGUAUGUGAACUGGUUCACAAAAAUUAUAAUAAUUAUAAAAAAUAUUAACGUGCGAUAAACUCAAUGAAAUAUCAGUGCAGGAUAUUAUAAAGAAAAUAUAAGAAAAGAGAGAAGUCAUAAAAAAUUAAUUGAAGCUCGAAAAGUCAUCGAAUUGGAGCAAUACUGUAAUGGUAUUAUAUACUAAAUGGUUAAUUGUGUAUCACAAUUAUUGAAUAAUCAUUAAGAAGAAUCAUGGAGAAUUCUAAAAAUCUCCGAGAAAGGAACAUAAUCUGGGAGGAGAUGAAUAAAUAAUUUAUGAAUUAUCAUUAGGUGGACCGAUAGUUCAGUUGCUUUAAAGUCAUUGGAAAAAUUCAAACAAAUUGCUGGACAAUAUUUCAAUCCACAAGAAAACUGAUGAAAAAUUAUUGGAUGACUACAGAGGAAUUUCAAGAGAAGAGGGGAAUUCACAAAUAAAUUCUGCAUAUCUCCAAAAUCAAUCAAAAUAAGUUGAACAAUUGAAAAUGACGUCUGCAAAUCAUCAAAAAAUCACCAAAUACCACUAAAGUACAAGAAAAAUAAUGAAAUCUUCAUAGACAUACCAACAAAUUAGAAAUAAACUUUAGAGAAAUCUGAAUGUCUCAAACGUACAAAAAUCAUUAGCUCAAUUAGUCAAAUCCAUUAUUCGAGGAAUACUCACAAACAAUUCUCCAAACCUAUUGAUUAAAACAAAAUAAUUAAUAACAUUAUCAAAUUUUAAUUAACCAAAAGUGCAAAUGAAAAUCUUGAAUUGGUACAUUAAUACUAGACACUAAUUAGCAAAAGAUAUGGAUAAAUAGUGGGGGGUUUUAUGUUGUAUGUAGGGCUAAUAUAUAAUGGCACAACAGGUGUACAUAUUUUAUGAAACAGACAGAGUGGCUGUAGAAUUUCUUGAUCCACCAAAUGGUGCAAUAAAAAAAAUUAUCUCCAUCGAAUCUCGGGUUUUUUUAUCAACGACAAGCCAUUUCGUCUAUCAUGGGGAAGUUAAUACCUCUAAUGAUGAGAAACGUUGUGUCACAUUGAGGAGAAUUGAUUUCACUGCUACGGAUAUAUCCAGUGACUUGAAAAAUCUUUUCAUUAUUGAUGAGAGGGGACACGUGUUAAAAAUCGAUCCUGAGAGUUUGGAGAUAGUGGAAACCAUUGUCUUGAGGGAUGAAGUGAAAUAUUGUAGUCAUGGUUGCAAGCAGGAGAACGAGACGUUAAAACUUCGUUCCUUGUCGACUUCUCCCAGUUCCGCCCUCUUCACAACAGAUUCAGGUCAUCUGUGGGCGUCAGGAACCCACCGCCAGCUCUCCAUGUCCGCCACCUCCCCAAAACCCGUAAUUUUCUUCGAAGGUCGAACCAUCUCCUCCACCUCUUCAGGAUCGAAUUUUCACAUAGUAAUCGCCCGUAAGACCCCAAAGACCCCCAAGGACGACACAGACAGUGAAAAUGAUCCCGACGAGGUCUUUGUCCCAAGUUGUCCUCAAUGUCUGAGUGCAAUCAGACCAUCACCGCAGAGUAUGACGUCCUCGGACACCUGUCCAAUGGCCCUUCAACCGCACCAAUAUUCCUCGGAACAUUCAAUGACAUCGCUCACCCCUCAGACCCAUUCUCCAAUUCCAGCGAGCACCGACAAGUGUUCAAAACUAGUCAAUGGUGAUCCACAAUCAGAGACGUCUAAAGACGAAUUCAAGAAGAAUGUAAUUUUGAUAAAUACCGAGGCAGCCAGACAAUUCCUGACUCGCCAGUUAUCCUGGGUCUCUUCCUACGGAAAUGUCAAAGAAGAAACUGAACUCACGACAAACCCAACGGGCCUGAUCAAGCAGAAUGUUUCCAAUAUGGCGAAUCUGGUUUACGAAGGGGUGAAGACCAUGGGUGACAAGGUGGCCACACUCUCUCGCCACGUAUCAGGUUCCUCCGAGAUCAACGACAUUCGUGACGACAUUACAGCUGACUUCGAGGACCUGAUGGAAGACAACAAGCCAUCAGCAGCAAAUUUGAGUGUAGCCCAGAGUCUCCGCUGCGAGGAGUUCCCCUGGUCCUCGUCCACCGGUUCCCUAGAUCACGAGCUCUCCCAACAAGGCCUCAACGAGCGUGUGAAUUCCCUCGUGGACAUCGGUACGAACCUCCUCUCCACGGAGCUCUGGGCCUGGGGUGACGUAUCUCAUGGUCAACUAGGCACAGGUGACAUCAUCAAACGAUCAAAGCCAGUGCUCAUUAACAAACUCCACAAUACGGGUGUCAAAAAGGUCUCGUCAGGGCUGUAUCACACGUUGGCGCUGACUUUAGACGGAAGGGUCUUCGGGUGGGGGCGGAAUAACGACUUUCAAGUGCACACAGACUCGCCAACAGACCAAAGUUCACCAAAACUCAUAGCCCCAUUCACAUCUAAAAGAGCCAGAGACAUCUCGACAGGAGACAAACACAGCUUGAUCGUCUUCGAUGAUGACCUCUACUUCAUAGGUAGCUUGUCACAGACAGGACUUUCCCCAGAGCAUGAAAAUACGAAAGUGACGAGACUGGACAUCCAGAACUCAAUCAAAUACAUAUCAUCAUCAGGGCGUUAUUCCCUCUGUUCAACAAUUCCUUCGUCGCCCCCUGGAGUCACCGAGGACUUGAAGGUCGAGCAGAUAUUCCUAGAAGAGAUGAUCACUGUCCAUCAGAACCUGAUAAAACCUUUUCAGAAGAAGGCUGGCGCUACUCAGGAAACCAAUGUCUACGAUACCCUCUGCAGAUGCUACACUGAAUUAUUAUCAUUGACUGCCUUGAAUGCCAUGACCCUCGAGGAUUUUUCCAAUCAGAUCGGUGAAGCUUACGAAGUUUCUCUGGUCUCUCAUUACGAAGAGUUCAUCACAGUUUACAAGUACUACCUGAAUGCGAUCUGCGAUGUCGUCAGUCUAGGUGGAUUUGGACACAUGGGAAAAUUGAUGAGUGAUUUGCCAGCUAUUCUCACCAGGUUGUUCAAUGACUCAUCAAAUCUUGAUCAUCCAGCUCCGCGGAAAACUCAAGAGGUAAUCGCAGUGGCUCUGCAGUAUCCAUUGACAAGAUUGAACCGGUACAAGCACAUGAUCCAAACGUUGAUCAAGACAAACGGCCCGAAAAUGGGAAUCGAACGCCUCCAAGAAGCGCUGAUGAAAUGGGAGAGGAUCAUUGAUGAUCAGGAGAGGAGGAUAAAGGAAGCUGAGAUGACGCGGGUCUUCUGGGAGAGCUCUGGAAAAUUAGUCGAUCUCCUUCGUUCACCGGAGAGAAGACUCAUUCGUGAAAGCAGAAGCCAUCCAAUUUUCCUAUCCAAUUCAAGUAGAUUCUCCUCCCACUGGUUCAUUCUCCUGACCGACAUCUUCAUUCACGCAUCAGGAGCUUCGUACACGGCGCACGCCCUUCAGACCUUGUGGGUGGAGACCCUAGCCGACUCCGAGGUCCUUCAAAAUGCCUUGUCCAUCAUUACUCCUGAAGAAAAUUUCGUUCUUUUUACUAGUGGAGCGGGCGAGAGGAACGAGUGGCUUCAGAGCUUUCAGAGUGCCGUCAGGAACAGCCUUUCUAGGGUUGUGGGGGCCACCCCUCCCAGGGACAGGUCUUGUAAGUACCUCUUCAUGAAACAUCAACUCUUCAAGGAUGCCAAGUAUGUCGGUAGGUGGAGCAACGGAAAGGUCCACGGUUUUGGAAAGAUGGAGUGGGCCGAUGGACGUUUGUACACAGGUCAAUUCUACAAGGGAGUUAUGCAUGGUCAUGGUAAGAUGGAGAUACCCACUCAGGGUAUCUACGAGGGCAUGUGGCGAGACAAUGUUCAAAAUGGCUUUGGAGUCUUCAAAUACAUCAAUGGGGAUGUUUACGAGGGCAUGUUCAAAGACGGCCUUCCACAUGGUCAUGGAAGCAAACGAGAGGGACACUUCAUGGCCAAUGUGGCGACUAUUUACAUCGGUGAGUGGUUGGCUGGGAUGAAGAGUGGCUAUGGAGUGAUAGAUAAUAUCAUGACUGGAGAGAAGUAUCUGGGAUCCUGGAGUGGAGAUAUGAAACAUGGCUGUGGACUCAUCGUCACUAUCGACGGGAUUUACUAUGAGGGAGUCUUUGUCCAAGAUAUCCUCACCGGUUACGGUAUCAUGAUUUUCGAGGACGGCACUCAUUACGAAGGGGAAUUGAAAUCUGCGGGUAUUUUUUGUGGAAAGGGAGUUCUAACUUUUCGUGGUGGUGAUCGGCUAGAGGGUAUCAUCAAUGGCGCUUGGAACGAGCCCGUCAAGGUCACUGCUACCCUCCACAUAUGCAAGACCUCCACUCUUCCUGAUUCAUCAUCCAAGCCACCGUCCUUUGGAAAACUCUGCGUUCCACCCGAUCAGAAGUGGAAAGCCAUCUUCCGGUACUAUUACCAGCAGCUCGGACUACCCGAUCCCUAUCCCCCUGUCCCUCCUAACCCUAAAGACACACCUCAGAAGCGUGAAUCAACCCCUGAGAAGAAAAUUGAGACUCAAAAGCUCUGGCAGAAUACUGCUGUUAUUAUCAACAAGUCCCAUCAAAAGUCAAUGUUGAAUAAAGGGGAUGUUAAUUUCCCGCAGUCGAAGGCUGAUCAGGAGAAGGAAAGGGCAACCACUGAAAAACUCAUGAGAAUUCCAGAACUUCCUGAUAAAUUGACUAGCGAGACUUACAGGGAAAUCCACGAAUAUUUGAAGAAUGCGUUUGAGAGUCGUCAUCAUCCCCUGGGGUGUUUGUUAACGGAAUUAUCGGGGGUUUACACAGCUUCAUAUGGGGGUGUGAGAGUGCAUCCUCUUCUGUUAUCACACGCUGUUGAGGAAUUGCACAAUCUUACUAUGCGGAUUUAUGAAAUUGUUGUGUUGUUUUUUCCGGCUCUGCCACGGAGUGGCGAGGAGUGUGUCCUAGAGAGCGAGGCCGGGGAGGAGAGCACCGUUAUCAGUGCAGCCGCUCUGUUGUAUCCGAUUUUGUUACCCAGGGUGCAUUCAGCUCUUUUCGUGCUUUAUGCAUUGCAUAAUAAGAAAGAGGAUGAUGCUUACUGGGAGAGACUGGUCAAGUGGAAUAAACAGCCGGAUCAAACCCUCAUGGGCUUCCUGGAUAUCGAUCAGAAGUUCUGGGGGAGAAUCAGGGAGGUCAGGGCCGAUGGAAAGGAGGGGAAGGAGGGACGUUUCGAGGAGGCCGUCGAGACGCUACAGCAGCUGAAGACCACUUUCUCACCACUGGACAAGAUGUUGGUUAUUCGAAACACUUUUGAACAGAUGACUAAGACAGUACAAAACCAAUUGGGUACAACUUAUCUGUGGACAAUGGACGAGUUAUUUCCAGUAUUUAACUUCGUUGUUGUUCGCGCUAGUGUUUUACAAUUAGGGAGUGAAAUACAUUUCAUUGACAAUUUUAUGGAGCCAUAUCUCCGCAAUGGUGAAUUGGGAAUAAUGUUCACGACAUUGAAAGCUUGCUAUUACCAGAUUCUACAAGAGAAGAUGAGUAUGACCGAUUAGUUUGUGGGUGGAAGACAUUUCAAAGACAUUAUAAAACGUAUUUUUAAUAAAUUCUCAUGUGAUAUUUAGAGCUCGUGCGUGACAGUUUCCAUUUUUAAAUUCAUUCAGAGGUGAUUAGAAAUGACGAUAAUAAUGAUUAAAUGGUAGAUCGAUAGCAAACAUAAUGACACGAUCCUAAUGAUGUAUUGAAAAAUUGUUAAUGAAAUUUUAAUCGUUAAGUUGAAUCGAACUAUUUAGUCGGUGAUUUUCACAUAAGUGCGAUGAAUUGUGGAGCUUAUGAAGUGUGUAAAAUAUUUUAUUGACGAAUGACAAGGAUAUUUAUCAAAAUAUAUGAAACAAUUGUUUUUGAAAAAUGUUGGGAGCUUUAUUGUAUUUUUAGAAGAUUAAUUUCGCCAAUAUCUCUGCAAUGGAUACGACCAAAUUAUAAACUGUGAUUUUUUAAACUUUUAAAGUGAUAAUUACCUUCAUCAUGACUUCACUUGAAGUGGUAUAAUCCUCCGGCGUAUAUUUUCCUCUUCAUCAAUUUCCAUUUGGGAAUUGAAACCUUUACUUCGUUUAUUGAUAGUCAAUGCAUUGGUGACAGUAGGAAAAUGGCCAAAAAAUUAUGGCAAUGACGUGAAACCGGAUUUGCAAUUCUCGGCGAUCAGUGGAACAAUUGUUUCAACAAUUGCUUUAGACAAGAAAAGUAACUUGAGUGCAAUAAUGUGAGACUCCAAUCAAAAACCUUCAUGCCAACACGAAAAAUAAACGCAAUAUUCAACAAUUCGCUUGUUAAUAAUAAAUAAAGGGAAGAGUCGAUAAAGAUAGAUCAGAUUUUAUGAAUAAAUAUUUAUUAAUACAACGCUCGUUUACAUUUUUAUUAUUUCGUUUUUUUUUUGAAAAUACAUAGGGGGCGGGGCAGUAGUAAAUCAUCGAGGAGUUAUGGAAAAAAUUGUUUCAUUAAUUCAUUAAAAAUCGAAAUGAUUUUAAUUAAUUCCUUUCAAUUUUCAUAGUUCUAUCUAAACACGAUCGCAAAAUUGAUUAUUCAAUACACGAUUAUUUAAUGAACUUACAUCUACAUGUGAAAUCAUUUUUCUAAAACAAAACAAAAAAAAAAAAUAUUCAAUGAAAUUGCCAUCGAUUUUCGUUCACUAAAUUUUAUUUAUUCACUCGAAAAAAUUUUUGACGGCAGAAUUAUGAAAAUCGAUGUUUUAUUAUUAACACAGUGAGUAAAUUAUGAUUAUCAAGUUUGUUCACUUAACGAAUAUAAUGACGAGUGCAAAUUUAUAAUUAUCCUACUUCAAUGAUUUCACAAAAUUCCUAAAUGCUAAAACACAAUUGCCUAGGUUUUUUUGUUUGACGAGUGCUCACAUUAUCAACUCAAUACAAAUAAUUAUUGCCAACUCAAUUUUAACCUCUGGAUGUCCAUCAACUACGAUUGUUUUUUAAAAUAUUUACAUUGCCUCGAAUUGUUUAGUUAUGUUGGAUUGCUGUAGUGAAAUGGUUUCAUGUAAUUCUUCGAUCAUCCCGCGACCGAGGGAAUCCGCAAAAAAAUGUCAUGUCUAUUUUGUAGGGAAUUUAACUUUCCAUAAGAAAUGACCAUUGACAAUUUCUCCUCAGACCCCUCGUUAUCGAGAUAAUUAAACAUUUGCUCAAGGGAUUUUCCGCAUGUUGAUCGUUUAAUGAAAUGCCCUUUUUUGUUCAUAACGAAAAUACCUCGUUAAUGGCCGCCUUUAAAAGCAAGUCAUUCGAUAUUUUUUAAUUGAGUGACUGAUCGCGAUAAUUACGUGAUUAACAAAUACGAUUUUUUUCCAUUUUUCAGCUUUUACCAUUUCACUGCAAUUUUUUUUUAUUCUGCGUUUUUAGCGAUUCAGAAAUGUACAUAUAAAUUAGCUAGGUAAGUAAUUAGUCUACUCGGGGAAUAAAACGAUUCUCAUUCCAUCCUUUUAUCAUUGGGCACUAAAAGUUGUUGAAAUAAUUUGGUAAAAAGUCAGAGAAAACAAAGAUUUUUUUUUUAAUUUCAAUUGUUCAGAACAUGAACAUUUGCAACUGCGAAGGGGAAACCAAAUUUGGACGAUGAGAGUUUAAUAAAUUAAUGUUUGUUCAAUAAAUAAAAAGAAAAAUUAAUCGAUAAAUUGAAAGCUGCAUAGAUAUUUGAAUUUUUCUCCAGGAGAAAUUCAAAAAAUAAGUUUCCUCCCACAAACGUAAUAAUAAUCAGGAAAAACCUGCCAAUUCAAGGAAAAAAAAUGACUUUAAUGGUUGGAAUGUUUAGAUUCAUUGAAAAAUUUGCAGAGGAAAUUUUUUUCCAACUCAAAAAAAAAAAAAAAAAAAGAAAAAUAGAGGAAAAAUAAUAAUAUACUAAUUAUGACUCAUAGUUUGUCCACUCAGGUCAACUCAACGAGAAAAAAUAUUUGAUAAACCAUGAAAAUAGUUUGAGAAAAAGAAAAUUGAAACUACAUUUGCAAAAAAUUACUAAAAUUGAAAGAUGGCAAAGAAAAUCCAUAGUUCGAACAUUUUCCUUUAUUAUCUCACAUAUAAAUCCACCGUUAUGUUCUAAUUACCUUCAAUGAUAUACAAAAAUUCAUUUGCACUAUCUAAAUGACCAAUAAUGCUCGAAAAAUCAGUGAAAAAACCUUUCUCAUCAGCAAAAAAAAUCGAACAUCAUUGACAAAAAAUUUGUUCACAGAAAAAAAUUUAAGAAAAAGUUUCUUGCAAUUAUUCAAGGGCAAAAACGACGAUUUUACAAUUUCUUUAGUGGCAAGACCGGUGUAAGUCAAUGAAUCAAAGGUUUUGGGAUAUCUUGUAAAUAUCUCAGAAUGUCAAGUGAUAUUUUAUUAAUUGAAACGAAAAAUACUCCCAAUAAUUCUCUCAACGCUUGCGUUUUUUCUUGACAUAUUAGCACACCCCAAAACUAAUUUCUUUCACCUAGAAAUCCCAAAAAAUUUUCUCCUACGUUUCUUGUAAUUGAAAAAACCCCUGAAAACCCUCAUGAACCUCCUGCGUAGACAAACGAGUCUCCAAAUACCUCUCCCCUGUCCACCGAAAUCCCUGAAGAUUCGGGAAGGGUAAAAAAACGGAAGUUCGAAAGGAUAAAAAUCCAGGGACAUCCCAAUGUACCCCUGGCACCCCCUGGAUUAUGCCCGAAACGAGAGAAUAAAGGGCCUAUGCCCCAACCAAGGGCCACCAGCCUCCGUCACCUCCCAAUUACUCUAUUUUACCUCAAUUAAUUACUCAAUCUCACUUAAUCAAUCGAUUAACAGUGGAUUACACCUAUUUAUCUACUCAUCUAACGAUUAAUUAAUCAAUAAUUUGUAGUGGUAACAAAGAAUUGAAUAAUUAAAGAUAUUACCACCACAGCUGAUGGAGAAGAGACCAAAAAAAAAAGUAUCUAUCCAGGUAAAAAAGCGAAAAAUAGCAAAAAUUCAGUGAAAAAAAUGAGAUGUUUUUUGUUUUUUUUUUCGGUAUUUAUAAUAUACUCACACACCAUAUGAGAGAUCAGCUGAGAGCUCGGUUAUGUUUUUUCCACUUACUUUUAUUUAUUUUUUCGUUUUUAAAACUGUUUUUGCGAUUUUUUUUGUUAAUUAUUUUAAGGUUUGUUGGUUUUUUCUGUUUUUUUGUCGUUAUUUAUGUUGGAGAUUUUUCUUUAUUCGCCAAUUUGUCUCGUAUCUCGAUUUUUAUUUAAAUCAAAUCGGCAACAUUCAUUGGCAUUUCAUCAAUAUGGGUGUUGUAGAAUUGCUCGAUGUCAUUCAUGGUACGCUUAUCAUCGACGGUGACGAAGUUUAUGGCAACUCCUUUACGUCCAAAA